GUGCGGGCGCUCAGAGCCAGUCUCGAACCUUCGGGACGUGUAGGCUCUCUCGCAUCCCCAACUUGACUUGACAUCUCCCUGGCCCGGGACCCCGACCCUGGUCCGGCCCCCCGCCUUCAUCCCUCUCACCAAGCCCCGGGCCGAUGGACUACUCCUACCUCAAUUCGUACGACUCGUGCGUGGCGGCCAUGGAGGCGUCCGCCUACGGGGACUUCGGCGCCUGCAGCCAGCCCGGCGGUUUCCAGUACAGCCCCCUGCGGCCCGCCUUCCCCGCGGCCGGCCCGCCCUGUCCUGCGCUCGGCUCCUCCAACUGCGCGCUCGGCGCCCUCCGAGACCACCAGCCCGCGCCCUACUCGGCAGUGCCCUACAAGUUCUUCCCGGAGCCGUCGGGCCUGCACGAGAAGCGCAAGCAGCGGCGCAUCCGCACCACGUUUACCAGCGCGCAGCUCAAGGAGCUGGAGCGCGUCUUCGCCGAGACCCACUACCCGGACAUCUACACGCGCGAGGAGCUGGCGCUCAAAAUCGACCUCACGGAGGCUCGCGUGCAGGUCUGGUUCCAGAAUCGCCGGGCCAAGUUCCGCAAGCAGGAGCGCGCGGCCAGCGCCAAGGGCGCGGCGGGCGCGGCGGGCGCGAAAAAGGGCGAGACGCGCUGCUCUUCCGAGGACGACGAUUCCAAGGAGUCCACGUGCAGCCCCACGCCCGACAGCACCGCGUCGCUGCCGCCGCCGCCCGCGCCCGGCCUGGCGAGCCCGCGCCUGAGUCCCAGCCCGCUGCCCGCUGCCCUGGGCGCUGCGCCCGGGCCGGGCGCGGGGCCGCAGCCGCUCAAGGGCCCGCUGUGGGCCGGCGUGGCGGGCGGCGGGGGCGGCGGGCCGGGCGCGGGCGCAGCCGAGCUGCUCAAGGCCUGGCAGCCGGCGGAACCCGGACCCGGGCCGUUCUCGGGGGUGUUGUCCUCCUUCCACCGAAAACCCGGCCCUGCGUUGAAGACCAACCUCUUCUAGCCCGCGGACGGACUGACGGACGCCCCUGCCCCUCCAGCACCGACAGUCCUUUCCCCCCUGUCCCUCACCCCCGCUGUGUCCCACCCCGCUGCGCGCCCGCCCCCC